UGCUUUUGGCCAGUUCACUUGCGUACGCCGUGAAAUCAACACGCACCAGGAAUCCAUCGGACUAUCAAAUCCGAUCCCAUCCAAACAAAUUCAAUUCCACCGAAAGCGAAAUCUCAAUUGAGCGCCAUGGAGUGCAACAAUCGCCUACUGCUGAAAAUCAUUGAGCUGGCCAUCGCCAUAGCCUGCAUUGUCAUGUACACGACAGUUGGCAAUCUGUCCGUCUACCCUGUGCUAGUGGCUGGUACCAUUGGUGGCUAUGCGGUCGUCUGCGGCAUUCUGCUGAUCGGACACGUGAUCAACUCGCUGGUGGAGAAGCGUCUUAAUGCUUUGUUCUCGCUGGUUGGCUGCCUGCUGUUCGUGGCCUCUGGAGCUCUGGUGAUCGAUGAGUGGCACAACAGCUUCCCGGAUACCGAUAGGAAGCGUCAGGCUGUCGGUGCCGGAUCCCUGAUGAUCAUCAAUGCUGCUGUCUUCCUCCUGGACACCCUCUGCAUCUGCCGGACGUAAAGAUUCCGUUCCGUUGCUCUACUUACUGUUUACUGGUUUUUUUUUUUUUUUUGCAAAUCGAAUAACUCCCAAAAGUGGAGAACAACAACAAACAAGAAUCUAAAUGUUAACAUAUACAUAUAUAUAACAUUUUUUUUAUCUGUGUGUAAAAGCAUUUUAUAUACUAUAUACAUUUUUGUACGUGUCCUAAGCUAAACUCCGAUAUACGCACGCUGAUUGUUUACAGGAAUCCAUUAAAUACAAAUAUGCACACAUA